UUAUAUUGCCUCCUGAGACCCCUAUUAACUCCGAAUGGUUCAGUCCGUCAACGCCAAACCGGAAGUGACCGCGGGCGAAGAGGAAGUUGGUGAGCGUUAAUUGUUGACAUGUUAGCAAGCUAAUGUCCUCCCUGCUGGCUAAUAUGUGACUACUUUGGACAAGAAAUGUACUUUUGAAAGAACACUUUGGUUUGUUGUGUUUGCACCUGCUGCUGAUUGUAAGUCCUUCGCCACCGCAGCUCCACCCUCACACGGUCCUGCCAGGCCGCCAUGCAAAGACCCGCUGACGGCGAGCAGGAAGGAGACGGCGGCCGCCUCAUCAUCGGCUCGCUCCCCCGGGAGGCGGCGGCGGCCCGUCGGGCUUCCAGCGGCGAGCUGCUCCUUCUUCGCACCUGCCCGGUCACUCACUCCCGGGAGAAGUUCUACACCGUCUGCUCCGACUACGCCCUCCUCAACCAGGCGGCGGCGGUGAGGAAGCAGGACGACGGGCCCGCGGCGCCCAAACCGCCGGCAGCAGCGGCGGACGGCGACAUGGAGGGCGUGACCCCCGGCAACGUGAAGAGCACCCUGGCGUGGGAGAUCGACACCACUGACUUCAAGGCGGUGCUCACACGAAAAAACCGAACGGGGAAGGUGAAGAAGUGGGGCAGCAAGAAGAUGAAGUCGGACCGAGCCAGUCGCAACCUGCAGGACGCCCCACUUCAUGCCUCUCUGGAGGACGUCAAGCAGAGGAAAGUCCUGGACCUCAGACGCUGGUACUGCAUCAGUCGGCCACAAUACAAGACGUCAUGUGGGAUUUCAUCGCUGGUGUCGUGUUGGAACUUCCUGUACAGCACGCUGGGCGCAGGAAGUCUGCCGCCCAUCUCUCAGGAGGAGGCGCUACACAUUCUGGGCUACCAGCCGCCGUUUGACGACAUCAAGUUCGGGCCGUUCACAGGAAACGCCACGCUCAUGCGGUGGUUCCGGCAAAUCAACGACAACUUCCGCGUGCGAGGCUGCUCCUACGUCCUGUACAAGCCGCACGGCAAACACAAGACGGCGGGAGAAACAGCGGAGGGAGCGUUGCUGAAGCUGACCCAAGGCCUGAAGGACAACUCCAUGGCGUACAUCUACCACUGCCAGAACCACUACUGCUGCCCUGUGGGCUUUGAGGCCACGCCCCUCAAAGCAGCCAAGGCCUACAGAGGUGCUCUGCCCAGCAGUGAGAUGGAACACUGGAUCCUGAUAGGAGAACCCAGCAGGAAGCACGCAGCCAUCCACUGUAAAAAGUGGGCCGACAUCGUGACCGACCUCAACACCCAGAACCCCGAGUACCUGGACAUCCGCCACCUGGAGAAGGGCAUCCAGAGGCGCACCACUAAAAAGGUGGGCGGCAACCUGCACUGCAUCAUGGCCUUCCAGAGGGUCAACUGGCAGAAGAUGGGCCCCUGGGCUCUCAACCUGGAGAACCUGCGACACCACGCGGAGGACGCGCAGGCCAGGCCGUCCGCCAAGCACCUGGUCCAGCUGGGCCGCUCGCACAGCACGGGGAGCCAGGACGCCGCCUGGAGGCACCUGUCCAACACGGCCGAGUACCGCCAGAGGAGCUCCCCCGACAGCGACCUGGAGGAGGACUGAAGAUGCUGUGGUACUUUGUGUGGUGACAUCAUCAUCCUGGGACAGUAGUUGCAGGAUGAUGAUGGUCCUUUCUUCCUACAACAUGUGUGGUGACAUCAUCAUCCUGGGACAGUAGUUGCAGGAUGAUAAUGAUGGCCCUCUCUUCCUACAACAUGUGUGGUGACAUCAUCAUCCUGGGACAGUAGUUGCAGGAGGAUGAUGGCCCUUUCUUCCUACAACAUGUGUGGUGACAUCAUCAUCAUGGGACAGUAGUUGCAGGAGGAUGAUGGUCCUUUCUUCCUACAACAUGUGUGGUGACAUCAUCAUCAUGGGACAGUAGUUGCAGGAGGAUGAUGGCCCUCUCUUCCUACAACAUGUGUGGUGACAUCAUCAUCCUGGGACAGUAGUUGCAGGAUGAUGAUGGUCCUUUCUUCCUACAACAUGGGUGGUGACAUCAUCAUCACGGGACAGUAGUUGCAGGAUGAUGAUGGUCCUUUCUUCCUACAACAUGUGUGGUGACAUCAUCAUCAUGGGACAGUAGUUGCAGGAGGAUGAUGGCCCUCUCUUCCUACAACAUGUGUGGUGACAUCAUCAUCAUGGGACAGUAGUUGCAGGAUGAUGAUGGUCCUUUCUUCCUACAACAUGGGUGGUGACAUCAUCAUCACGGGACAGUAGUUGCAGGAUGAUGAUGGUCCUUUCUUCCUACAACAUGUGUGGUGACAUCAUCAUCAUGGGACAGUAGUUGCAGGAGGAUGAUGGCCCUCUCUUCCUACAACAUGUGUGGUGACAUCAUCAUCAUGGGACAGUAGUUGCAGGAUGAUGAUGGUCCUUUCUUCCUACAACAUGGGUGGUGACAUCAUCAUCACGGGACAGUAGUUGCAGGAUGAUGAUGGUCCUUUCUUCCUACAACAUGUGUGGUGACAUCAUCAUCAUGGGACAGUAGUUGCAGGAGGAUGAUGGUCCUUUCUUCCUACAACAUGGCUGGUGACAUCAUCAUCCUGGGACAGUAGUUGCAGGAUGAUGAUGGUCCUUUCUUCCUACAACAUGUGUGGUGACAUCAUCAUCAUGGGACAGUAGUUACAGGAGGAUGAUGGUCCUUUCUUCCUACAACAUGGCUGGUGACAUCAUCAUCCUGGGACAGUAGUUGCAGGAUGAUAAUGAUGGUCCUUUCUUCCUACAACAUGUGUGGUGACAUCAUCAUCAUGGGACAGUAGUUGCAGGAGGAUGAUGGUCCUUUCUUCCUACAACAUGUGUGGUGACAUCAUCAUCCUGGGACAGUAGUUGCAGGAUGAUGAUGGUCCUUUCUUCCUACAACAUGUGUGGUGACAUCAUCAUCAUGGGACAGUAGUUGCAGGAUGAUGAUGGUCCUUUCUUCCUACAACAUGUGUGGUGACAUCAUCAUCAUGGGACAGUAGUUACAGGAGGAUGAUGGUCCUUUCUUCCUACAACAUGGCUGGUGACAUCAUCAUCCUGGGACAGUAGUUGCAGGAUGAUGAUGGUCCUUUCUUCCUACAACAUGUGUGGUGACAUCAUCAUCAUGGGACAGUAGUUGCAGGAGGAUGAUGGUCCUUUCUUCCUACAACAUGGGUGGUGACAUCAUCAUCAUGGGACAGUAGUUGCAGGAGAAUGAUGGCCCUUUCUUCCUACAACAUGUGUGGUGACAUCAUCAUCCUGGGACAGUAGUUGCAGGAUGAUGAUGAUGGUCCUUUCUUCCUACUUUUUACACACUGACUAAUCACAGCUUGCUGUGGCCAUUUUUGAUCAUUUUCAUUUUCAAAACCAACACAAUAUAUUUAUAUUUUUUAACUUUUCAGGGCUGCUCUCGGAAGGGUCUCAGUCAUAAAAAUGUUAAAAAUAAGUUAUAUAUUAUUACUUUUGUAAUUCAUGCUUAAAUCUCUUCAUCAACUUCAGGUCUAUUUGUCAAUGUAAGUUUUUUUUUGUUGUUGUUUUUUUAAAGGGCAUAAAACAUGAAAAAAAAACAAAAAAAACUUCAUAUCGACCGAGACUUGAAGUUGAUCUUGAGAUUAAAGCGUUUAUUUUAUUUAAUAAAUGACUUUUUAGCAUUUUUAUGACUUAAGACUUUUUCAGUGGUAUUUAUACUGUGU